UUCCACACACAAUGGAAAUAGAAGAUGCUGGACUGUUGCAGUAGACAUUCUUGUGGCACACCAAUAUCCUUGUUCAUGCACCCACUGUUCCCUAUCAAAUUUCAGGCCUGAAUGUCACUUCCCUAAUUUUUGAAUGUCAUGUUUUUUGAACUAUGGAGCCAACUGUGUAUUCCAUAUUAAAGAACUAGCAUAAUACAAUUUAAAACUUCGACUACUAAUCCACCAUUCUCUUUCAAGUCUACUUGUUUAUGCCAAUCAUUUUAUGUCUUUACAAUAUGUAUUGGAACCAUUUGAAAAAAGAAAAUUAACUCUUGGUAAAAUGUUCAAUAUAAAAACUACAAUACUACCUAGCCAAGAUAAAUUUAUUUUUUUUCCAUAAUCUUUCUAACUUGUAAGUCAUUGAUUUUAAAUAAAUUCCUACUAUUUUUUGGUGUGUAAAUUCCUAUGGCCAUUUAAGGCUUUUUACAGUAAAGUUAAAACCAAAUGUUAAAUACUGCAGAGAUAUUAUUUGUCUUGCUCUUCUCUUGGAAUACUUUAACAAUACAUAGUUUUAAGAAACUAAUGGUCAAGAAGAGCACUUAAAAAAAGUAGUGGGACAUAUACCACAGGUUGAACUCAGAAGACAUCUCAGUGGGUUAUGGAGUAGCAAGUCUUUGAAAUGUUUUAAAUAUUUUAAGCCUGCCAUAAAUGAUAGAAAAGAGAAAGCUUGGUAAAUAAGAGCUCCUGUCUUGAGAAAAAAAAAAUUGGUUUUGUUUGGCAUGGUGGGACCCAUAUUUUUUGAGAACCUGAGUGGUGGGAUCUGAAUGAAUAAAUCUGUUUUUGGAAAAUAUACAACAAACAAAAGAAUAUCAGGCAGAUCCUCCACCGCUGGAAAGCCAAAAGAUAUACGUUUAGAAUCUUAGAGACGUUUUAAAAGUUUCAGAGGGAUAAUUCGAGAGAGGUGCACGAGAAGAUACAUAAGCGAGAGACGGAAAAAGCGAGUCCUGAAAAAUACACAGCUUAAAACAGGAGAGAAGGCCAUACACUUGUUGCAAACAGGUUCAUUCGAAUUGCAGCUGGGAUGACUCAUUGUGAUUGUUACGGGGUUUUUUUUGUCUCACUAUGUAAACGCAACGUUUACAAAAGUUGCAUUUGCCAAGAGGAGUGGCAGUGGGCGAAAGCGAGUCUGGUUUGAUAAAGAUUAAUUUUAAAAUUAAUUUUGGCAGGAAAGUCCAUUCGAUAGAAAAACUAUAAACGGGAGGGAGGGAGGACGAAGAAAUGGGGCGGCCUACCUUUCAAUGAAGUAGGGAGCAGUACGUAAGGCGAAUUAGGGCUGCCUGGCUUUCAAUUAAAUAGGGGGCGGUAAGGCGCUGCGCCGGAUUAUACAGGAGGGAUCGCUCUGACAACCGCUGGGCUCGCCUGGCUAAAGAAGCCGGGCGGGCCCCUGGGACCUCCGCUGCAACACAAGAGGAGUUCUUAUCAAGGGCGGAAGUGAACGAUCCGGAGGUUUGACUUUUCGGUGGAGUCCGGGAGAAGUUUGUGGGUCGCGCGUUUCAGUAGGUCAUUUUAUCAGGGAUUAUAGGAUUAACAAUAUGGAAGAGACCUAUGAUAAUUUUGGUUAACUUGUUUGUUUUACUGUCUGUUAUUUGUGUUCUCUUGAAUCUGGCGGGCUUUAUCCUUGGAUGCCAAGGUGCUCAAUUUGUGUCCAGUGUCCCUAGGUGUGAUCUGGUAGAUGUUGCUGAAAAUAAAAUUUGUUUCUGCUGUGAAGAAUUUAUGCCAGCAAAAUGCACCGAGAAAGAAAAUGCAUUGCAGUUGUAUGCAAUCCAGUCAUGCAGUUCAGUUCACCUUCUACUCAAAAAAGUUCUCUUUGCUCUCUGUGCUCUGAAUGCCUUGACAACCACUGUUUGUUUGGUAGCUGCUGCCCUACGUUACCUGCAGAUAUUUGCAACAAGAAGAUCCUGCAGAGAAGAACAGCAAGUUUAUACAGAGGAAGUCGAAGAAGAUGGUCCUGCUUCUGAUCCCGAGGAUUUUGUGCCACCAGCCCCACCUCCGUCAUAUUUUGAUACAUUCUAUUCUUCCACACCACGAGGCAAUCGCAGGAUGCUGGGUUCUGAUAUCAUUCCAUUACCACACAUCUAUGGAGCCCGAAUUAAAGGUGUUGAAGUUUUCUGCCCUCUUGAUCCCCCACCUCCUUACGAAGCUGUGAUGAGCCAGAUGAGACAUGAGCAGGAGGAUGCAUCCAAUUCAGCUAUUGCAGAAGCUGUAAAUGACCCACCUGGACAAAAUGAUACACAAUUGCCACAAGGAGAUGAAAAUUCUUUUAAUUCUUUGAGUAGAGAGGUCACCUUGUCUCCAGAUGCCAGCUUGGUACCUGUGGGGGCUUCUAAGCUAUUCAGAAAACGAUCAAAAAGCGAUCCUGUUCUUCAGGGUUUUCCAUUCAGAGGUCCAGUGCUAAGUUGUGAAGCGGCCACGCAAACAGACCGAAAACCACAGCUGGCUACUGUCAUUUUGCGAAAAACUCUGAGAGCAAAGGCUGUGCGCUCAAGGCCUCAGUCUUUAAUAGACUACAAAUCAUAUAUAGAUACUAAGCUUCUGGUAGCCAAAUUCUUGGAGCAGUCAUCCUGCAACAUGACGCCUGACAUACAUGAACUAGUAGAAGACAUCAAAUCUGUCUUAAAAUCAGAUGAAGAACACAUGGAGGAAGCCAUCACCAGUGCAAGUUUCCUCGAGCAGGUCAUGACUCCUGCUCACCCAUCCAUAACAAGAGCACACACGCUGCCUUUCAGGAGGCACCCGGGACUUUUGCACUUGGAGAGCUGUGGAGAUGUAAGUACUUUUACUGCAGCCGGAACCCGGGGGCCAAACAGGAGGACACAGCGGAUGGAACCAGAGCGGCCUCACAGUCUCAUUGGAGUCGUCCGAGAAACCGUACUCUGAGCUCAGUUGCGUUUUGGUCCCACGUGGAGUGCAAAGGCUGGAGCAGGAAAGCAGUUGAAUGGCGGGAUCCUUAAUCUAUAUUUCUUACUUAACUGUACUGCUGCUUUUGAAAGAGCAUUUGAGGGGAAAAAAUUGAAGUAAAUUACUUCAAAGAAAACAACGGUGCAUUAUAAAUAUAGCUCUGAAUCAUAAAAAAAGGAUAUUCAGGUGUAGUUAGGAUAUAUGAGGAAGGAGGAGUCUUCUUCAUAAAAACAAGUUGUUGUUUCUGCAUAAACUUUGAAUGUUGUCUCUGGUAUGUGUGGGUUUUAUUUUAAUGUUUUAUAUCUGAAAGGGAAUAUAGGGUAGAGAUAUAUCUACAGUAUAUGGAACUGAAGUAUAUGUAUUUUCAUUCGUCCUUUCCUUUUCGAUAAUGUUGCACUACACAUUAUUUAUCACGAUAAUUUUUUAUAAAAAAGCUUUUGAAAUGACUUUGACCUGUGGGGUGCACAGAGCUAUCCCUUUACAGUAUUUCCAUGUUACAUGAACCUUCAGCAAUCAUUUUGUAUCAGUUCAAGUGCAAAAGUGCUUAAAAGUAGCAGGUCAUUCAGGUUUCUGUUCAUAAACUACUCAACAAUCUUGAAAAAAUGGAAUAAUAAAAUUCAGAGCAAUGAUAUAUUUUUCCCAGAGCAGCUUUAUUACAAAAAUGAUGAUGGGAGAAUAAGGAAUCUUAUACCAAGGCAGAAGGCUGUACAUGCUUUAAAAAUGAUUCAAAAGAGCUUCAGAUUGGAAGAAAGUAAGAAAACAAUAGGAUGCUAUUUAUUUAUGCAGCCUGAAAAUGAAAUGCCGUUGCUUUUAAAAGUUAACUCAUAAUCUAUUAAAGAGGUGGCAUCCUUUUGGGGGGAUCAUGUAGAAGCCUGAAAAAAAAAUAAACUGCAUUAAUGAAUAUCCAGGAAUGCUGGGCUUUGGAAAGACUGAAGCACGACUUAAUCAUUUUCAAAGUGCCCUGUACAUGUUUUAUGGGAAUGAUUUUUUUUCUGUUUAAAACAUACAGAUUAUAAAUGUAUUUCUAGUGAUUUCUUUUUUUCAUAAUUUGGCUUAAAUCAUUAGUAGGAAUCCAGAUGAGAAAAGAGAGGUUUUUCUCUCUCCCUAAAUCUUUGCUGACUUGAAAUACAUUUCUGUACAUUUCAAAACACUUGUGUGUAAUGAAUGAAACUGGUGAUAGGAGCCAUUGCUACCAAUUUUCAGGUUUUUAUUUUCAGCUUCCUGAAAUGCUGGUAACCCAACUCUUCUUUUCCUCAAAUUAUUUGUCUUAAUUCAGAAAAUUAAUAAGCUGUAUUUAAUUUUGAUUAAUACAAAUGAAAUAAAGCGUGUUUUGGUUUUC